AUGAGAGCUAUUGUACUGCUGUGCCUGCUGCAUGCAGCUUACGGCCAGACUGUUGAACCUGACGUGUUAACACAGGAUUAUCUUUGGGAGCCAGUUGAAGACCCGAAUCAAGGCCCCAAUGCAGACAGUGCGUGUGAACUGGACCGGGGCUCUUGCAGCUGCUGUCAUACUGUGCGGGAGGUGCACCGGCUGAGGACGUACUUUAACACCAGCCUGAACGAGCUGGACGUGUUAUACUCGCAGACGGUCCAGAGUUUCAGCAACAUGAAAGACGGCCGCACUGCCUUCUCUGUCGCUCUAUUCAGUAGCGGUAAUUUUAAGUGUUUCGGUCCCUUCCCUAACACCAGGGAUGUCGUCUACGAACACGUGUUCCUAAACCUGGGCAACAGCUACAAUACGACUACCGGCAUCUUCACUGUUCCCCACUCCGGAGUCUACAGCCUGGCCCUCACAGCCUACAGUGACGCUGGCUCUCGCGGUGCCCCACUGGCCAUCUGUGCCAAUCUGCAGGUCAACGGCACUGUGGUGACUGGGUCUACAGAUAUCAAUACGCAAGACCAAGAGGACAGUUUCACAAUUGCCGUGGCCUUGGAGCUGAACACUGGUGACGAGGUGACUGUCAGCCUGCCCACCAGUUGUUUUCUCUGCGAUGACACAAGCCACUAUAACACUUUCAGUGCCUUUCUGCUUUAUUGUAAUGAGUAAGUUAAAUGGGUGCAGUGUACUGGUGUUGGUACCAACUCUUGGCCUACUGGCAAGGUUAGAGUCUGCUCAAUGAAAUCUUUCUGUGGUGACUCAUCUAAAUCUACUUUAGCUGUCUUUUAAAUCAGUCACAUCUCGGUGCAACCCAAGCAGUUUGAAAGCUUAAAAAACCUCAAACCUGUAACAGCUUGUGUUUUUCUUGCUGGUGUAAUGAUGUCAUGUAAUGUUUGGGAGAAAUGCGUGUUCCACCCAGUCACCUGUAAAAUGUCAAGGAAAUAAAUCUGCAAAAUGCAGUUGUCAUUACAGUUGAUUUUGUUUCAACUGAGAUGUGUGAUGUGUGCAUUAAAGAG